GGUUAAGCUCUACAGGGGGGCAGGUAUGUGGGCAGUCUGGAGGCAGGGUAUCCAGGAGACGGGUUCUGACGUCGGUUGCGAGGCUGGGGAGACGACAGGGGAGCAGAAGCAGGAAGCUGGCGCAGUACGGGGGCACGGCCAUCAGCUGAUUCUGGAAAGCCAGUACAAGGCUGGAGUGGAGAGGGUGGGUCCGCGGCCGACGUCAUUGCCGCGGCCAACGUCACGGCCACUUGCCGCAUCUGCAAGAUCGCUCUGGUGCAGCUCCGGCGCAGGUGUCAGCGGGAGCCGCUUAGACCUCUGCAGCUUCUCCUCCACCAUGGCCGACUCGGAGAACCAGGCGCCCGCAGAGCCGAGCCAGGAGACCGAGGCGGCGGAGGUGGCAGACGAGGCGGAGGAGGUAAUGGCAGAAGGCGGCGCGCAGGGGGGAGACUGUGACAGCGCGGCCGGCGAGCCUGACUGCGCCGCAGGUCAGACCGCCGAGGAGCCCCAGAGCCCCGCGGAGAACGCACCAAAGCCUAAAAAUGACUUUAUCGAGAGCCUGCCUAACUCGGUGAAAUGCCGAGUCCUGGCCCUCAAAAAGCUGCAGAAGCGAUGCGAUAAGAUAGAGGCCAAAUUUGAUAAGGAAUUUCAAGCUCUGGAAAAAAAGUAUAACGAAAUCUACAAGCCCUUACUUGCCAAGAUCCAAGAGCUCACCGGAGAGAUGGAGGGAUGUGCAUGGACCUUGGAGGGCGAGGAAGAAGAGGAUGAUGAUGAUGAGUACGAGGAUGAGGAGGAGGGGGAAGAGGAGGAGGAGGAGGAAGAGGCUGCGGCAGAGGCUGCGGCUGCCAAAGACGGGGGUCCCAGCUCUGCGGUAUCUGAUGGCGCCAAGGAAUAAGCGGGGGUGGAGAUGGAAGAGCAGAAUGACGAUGAAGAAAAACCUGACAUCAGCUUCACACUUCGGAGAAGGGGGCGCCCCGGAGGAAGCCUGCGGUGGAGAUACGCCAGUCCUGUGAAUGAGCUCUGCAAACUGCCACUCCAAAUUUUCAUGAAUAUUCCGAACAUUUGAAUUUAGAGAAACAGUGUGGUUCUGAGGAGGGUUUGUAAUCUGUAUAAUAUUGUCAACAUUGUCAAAUAAUGUGUUCAUUAUUUACAGUCUCGUGUUUGUGUAUUUUCUUGGCAGUGUCCAUUUACAAAGGUGUAAAAAAAAAACCCCAAAUGUUUAAGUAUUAAAUCUCUCUACCUAGCAUUUUAGAAAUAUUAAUUUACUUGAAAAGAUGUAGAAUGUAGCAAAUUCUAUAAAGCAUGUGUACACAGUGUUACAUAGUUUGAUCCUUGUGAAGUCUUUUUGUCAUGUAGCUUUUAGAAUGUAGCUGUGAAAAUUAUCAGAGCUCUUCAAUGAAGCUAAUGUUUGGGAAAAAAUAUAUAUACUUGAAGAAACACUCUAAAUGUGUGUCCCCAUUCCCAGUUCAGAAGUAGAAAGGGUUUAAGUUUGCUUGUAUUAGCUGUGCCUUCAUUAUUUUGCUAUGUAAAUGUGACAUAUUAAAUAUAAAAUGGUGCAAAAUCACAUUUUACUGCUUGAGGAUAGAAUGGUAUACAGUUAAGGAUUUUUAGGAAGGACACAUUUAAUGUAAAGACUCUUAGCUUCUUUGUGGGUUUUGAAUUAUGUGUGACUAAGUGAUCUAUCAAAAAAAUAAGCAUAAAGUUGUUUACCACUGUGGUGUUAAUAAAACAGUAUUUUCAAA